CUAAUUUAAAAGUGGAUUUUACCUGAAAAUUGAUUUUAACAUCAUAAUCAAAAACAUUUAAAAUAUUGAUUUUGCUGUUUUAGAACUUAAUAACUAAAUAUAUUUAAUAUAUUGACCUGAUAAACAGAUCUAUCCCUGAACAUCCAUUGCAUAUAGACCAACAAAAAUGACACAUCAAAUGGUCGAAACUUUUGCUAACGGAAAUUACAGUCUUCCCACACGAAAUUCACCUUUGAACAUUAUUUUUUCGAGUGGGAUGCUCGCACAUAGAUAAUGAAAAAAUAAACUUUUGCUAUCAUUUUGGUUGUUAGAGAGCUUUGAGGUUGUUUUUUGUAUGUUGCUCUCCCGAGUCUAGAGACUACAUACUAUAGUCUCCAAUGAGUAGGCGAUCUCGUACGAGCUAUUCACCUAUGUAUCUAUGGCUGCGCUAAGAUGUAUCUUACAGAUAUUUUGCGCCAUUAGUCGUGGUUUAAAUCUUGCUGCGUUCGCUGUCGAGGUAGAGCAAAAAAAUAAUAUAUAUAAAAAUAAAAGUGAACUACACUAAUUACCAACAAAAAAAAAAAAAGAAAAGAAAAGAGAGAGAUAAUAAAAACGUAACACGCGACGCGCUAAAAUUUGCUUUAAACAUUUUUUUCAAGUGAUGAAGCACCAGUGAAGAAAAGUGCACUCACAAAAUAAUGAUCUGUGAAGAUGCAGGCGUAAAAGUGCAAAGUUCUUGGAUGCGAAACCAACGAAAUCGAUUCGAAAGAAAGUACAAAUUCUGAAAACACAACUCACCGAAAAAAAGAAAGUUUAAAUAGAAAAAUAAAGAUAUACAAAACGAAGUGCAAAAUGAGUGGAGUUUUGUUCCACCGGAGCGGGAUGAUGAUGAUGAUCCCGAUCCUGUUACUGAUCGCGAUAACCGCCCAUGGCUAUAACCUCGAUCUGCCCAGUUACGUCCGCUUCCGGCAAUCCUCCAAUACAAUGUUCGGCUUUAGCAUUGCGAUGCACAAAAGUCGAGGUGGAUACUACGGCAAUCAAAACAAUGUCAGCUUGAUCGUUGGAGCUCCCAAAUUCGACACAUCCCGUUACCAGCAGGGCGUGACGGAGGCCGGCGGCGUUUUCAAAUGCAGCCUGAACGAUGACGACUGCAAAUUGGUGCCAUUCGACUCCAAAGGCAACAAUCGAAAUGUGGAUAAAGAGGUCGUGGACAGGAAAUCCUACCAAUGGCUGGGCGCCACAGUGGCCACUGCUCGGGAUAGUGAUUUGGUUGUGGCCUGUGCACCGCGCUAUGUCUUCCACACGAUGACGCCAUCGAGGGCGUUCCGCAUUGAUCCCGUGGGCACCUGCUUCACCUCGCACAACUUCGAGCAGUUCUACGAGGUUUCCCCCUGCCGGACAAACAACUGGGGUUAUCAUCGCCAGGGCUCGUGUCAGGCUGGAUUCAGUGCAGCGAUCAACGGGAAUGGCUCGCGUUUGUUCAUCGGCGCACCUGGCAGUUGGUACUGGCAAGGACAAACCUACUCGAUACCGCCCGAUGCCGAGUUUCCAUUUAAGCCGCCUCUUUAUCAGCCCUUCGGCACUGGAGGUACGGCCAGUUCCCACGAUGUGACCAAGCCGGAGAACCAGGUCUUCUCCACCGCAGAAAGUUCCUCGAAUAAUGAUGACUCCUAUUUGGGUUACUCGAUGGUCACCGGUGAUUUCGAUGGCGACCGCAGUGAGGAUGUGGCCAUCGGUAUGCCACGUGGUGGUAAUCUCGUCGGAAGGAUUGUUGUCAAUCGUUGGAAUAUGGCGAAUAUCUUUAAUAUCACUGGCCGUCAGAUUGGCGAGUACUUUGGCUAUUCUCUAGCCACCAGCGAUGUGGAUGGUGAUGGUCUGGAUGAUUUGCUUAUCGGUGCACCCAUGUACACAGAUCCCGAUAAUGUAGAGGGCAAAUACGAUGUGGGUAGGGUCUAUAUCCUGUUGCAGGGUGGCCCCAACGAGGAGAAGAGAUGGACCACGGAGCACAUUCGCGAUGGUUUGCAUAGCAAGGGAAGGUUUGGCCUGGCCCUGACCACAUUGGGCGAUGUGAAUGGUGAUGGUUAUGGUGACUUUGCUGUUGGUGCUCCCUACGAUGGUCCCGAGGGCCGUGGAGUGGUCUACAUCUUCCAUGGCUCGCCACUGGGUCCACUGGCAAAGCCGUCACAGAUCAUCAAAUCCGAACAGAUUGUCGAAGGAGCACCCUACCCUAGAACCUUUGGAUUCGCUUUGGCUGGUGGUCUCGAUAUGGAUGGCAAUACCUAUCCAGAUCUUGCAGUAGGCGCCUAUAGUUCCGAUCAGGUGUUCAUCUUCAAGUCCCGACCAGUGGCCGCUGUUAAUGCCGAGACCACUUUUGCCAGCAACUCAAAGCUGAUCAGUCUGGACGACAAGAACUGUCAGCUAAUAAGAGAUCAAAGGAAGGUACCCUGCAUGCCCCUGUCCACCUGCUGGAGUUACACAGGUCGCAAUCUGCCCGAGCAACUGGACUUCGAUGUAUCCUGGCUGUUGGAUGCCAAGAAAUUGCCCAAUCCUCGCAUGUUCUUCUUGAGGGACGAGGGCAAGAAUAUCAGGAACCAAACUAUCCGCCUCAAUUAUGGCCAAAAGUACUGUCUCAAUGAGACUGUCUAUCUGCUGGACGAUGUCAAGGAUAAGCUAACGCCCCUGGAGGUCGAAGCCCGUUACAAUCUGCGCAGUAGUCGUCCUUUGGAUGCGAUGGUUAGACGCAGACGUAGCAUCCUGGAGCCGGUGAUCGAUCAGAACCGUGAGAUUGUCCUGCGGGAUGCUAUCAAUAUCCAGAAGAACUGUGGUCCCGACAAUAUCUGCGAACCAGAUCUGAAGCUGACAAUCAACACUGUAGACAAGUAUCUCUUUGGUUCACCCGAGCCUUUGGUCAUCGAGGUUCUUAUUGCGAAUACCAAUGAGGAUGCCUUCGAGGCUGCCUUCUAUAUGGUUACCCCACCGGAUUUGCAGUUCAGGAAGUUGCAGCAGUUGAAAGAGAAGAAGGAUACGCCCAUAACCUGUUCGCCGCCUACUCCCGAAAACAAUCACACCCUGAAGUGCGACAUUGGAAAUCCUUUGGAGUCUGGAAAGAUUGCCCACUUCAAGAUCAGUUUGGUGCCAGAAGAGAAAUACGGCAGCUCGUCCAGUUACGACUUCUAUUGGGAGGUCAACUCUACGAACCUGGAAAAGCCAGGGUCCGACUUUGACAACAAGAUCCGACAGAGCGUUGGUAUUUGGGUGGACACAGAUCUUGACAUCAAGGGUACUUCACUGCCGGACUACCAGCUCUACAAGGCCGACGAUUACAAGGAACUGGAAAAUGCCACCAAGGAGGAUGACAUUGGACCGCAAGUUGUGCACAUUUACGAGAUCCGGAACAAUCGCCCCUCGAUCAUUGAAGAGGCAGAGGUCUUUAUCCAUCUGCCCUAUGAGACAAUCGUUGGAGAUCCCCUGAUGUAUCUGCUGAACCAGCCGGAGACCGGUGGCAAAAUUCAAUGCGACGAAGUAGGAGUUAAUGAGUACAAUCUUUUGCUGGACGAGAAGCUGCAAAGAAAGUCGUAUCUGCAGGCUCAGGGUGCCAUUUCGAAUUCAGCACUGGUCGCUGGUCAAUCUAGUGAGUCCUCAGGGUCGACUUCUUCCGCAGGCGGUGUUAUUGUGGAGAAGGCCCAUGGAGAAGUAUUUGGACAGGGAGUUAUAGUCAGUAAUAAAGCUGAUGCUGGAAACAAAUUGAGCCCCAAACAGGUCCAGGAACGACAGCAUGAGGACACAUUGGAAGCAACCGGAGAUGCGUCCUUUGAUCACCGUGAUCGAGCCAGUCAGGCGGUUCAAGAACCAAGAAUAAAUCAGACUAGCUUCUCUACAUUCUCCACAAGCAGCUCCUCUUCUGGAUCCGGUGCUCCAUCAGCACAAUUGCGUGGCCAUAGCACCCAAGGUCAUAUACAGGUGGCCGGACCAGCUCAGCAAUCCAGUAGCAGCAGCUCAUCGUCGAGCUAUCGCGCUUGGCCAACGCAGCAGAAUCAGCAGAUCUAUUUGGCCGGUUCCGGAGGAUCUAGAUUGGGAGCUCCAGUUACCUUUAAUGAUAAAUCACAAUUUGGCGGUAGUAAUGGCAAUUUUCAUACCGGAACUUUGGAUCUGGGCACCCUAAACAGAGGCAAUGUGGACAACGAGCUGUACAGGAGUCAAAGUAAUUACCAGAACCCCAGCCAAAGUCUGGGCCAAAGCCAGGGCCAGUUCCAGACAUCCAAUCAGGGCCACUACCAAGGACAAAAUCAGGCUCAGUUCCAGGCACGAAACCCGGGUCAGGGUUAUCAGGGACAGACGUCGUACCAGGGACAGACCCAAUAUAGUGGUAGUCCCGGUGGAUAUCAUGUCACCUACUCCUCGGGCAGCAAACCCUACUAUGGCAGGGAAAACGAAGACUUCUAUGACGAGGACAACCUACAGCAGGGAACACCAGGACAUUGGAGCAGCAGCUCUAGUUCCAGUUCCAGUUCCCGCCGCUUCCGAAGAUCAAACGAUAAAGAUGAGGAAGCAGAUAAGCCACAUCAAAUCGACUUGAACUCACCCUGCCAGUCGGCCAAGUGCAAGAGCAUUCGAUGUGUGGUCACUAAUCUGGGCACCGAAGAUGGCGAUGCCGCCUUCGUGGCUAUUAGGGCACGCAUGGUGGCCAAAACGAUGGAGAAGUUGGCCUCGAAUGUACCGCUUAAUGUAUCCACAUUGGCGGUGGCCAAUGUCACCCUGCUGCCUUUCAUCGGUGCGCCGAAGGACGCGAUAGUCAAAACACAUGAGAUCUUCUACAAGGCGGAACCGGAACCCCUGCAGGUGCCCGAUGUGGUGCCACUCUGGGUCGUCGUCUUGGCUGCCUGUGCUGGUGCGCUUAUCUUCCUUCUCCUCGUCUGGCUUCUGUACAAGUGCGGCUUCUUUAACCGUAACCGUCCAACGGAUCACUCACAGGAGCGUCAGCCACUUCGGAAUGGAUAUCACGGCGAUGAGCAUCUGUAGAGUGCCACGAUGUCCUUCAGUUUAAGAAAUGCAGCGAAAAUAGCAAGAGAAUUAACAAAACCACGAAAUACUUCUAACAUCGCACUAAAACCAAUCCAAAACGUACUAAAAAAAAAAUAGCGAAACGGCUCUAAGACGUACUAAAAUCGAGCGCUUAGUCGAGUUUUAAAACAUGCGAUGUCGAUAUGGAAGGUGCCAGUGGAUAAUCCCCUGUGUUUAGACCCCUCUAAAUAGAUCAUUUGUUGAGGGCGAUAAACUUGCUGCUUGGAAAAGAAAACAAAAACCAUCUCCAGAAAACAAGAGGGAGAACAUUGUAAAGGAGAAAAAAAUACGACAUAUUUAAACUUGCCUAGUCACGACAUGAAGAACUUUCUAAUGCGUAAAGGUUUUUUAACUAAAACAAACAUAUAUAUUUUUUUUUAUUUUUAGACUUUUGUGUUUUUGUUCUUUGCAAAAAUUUCGAGGAAAGUUAAACAAAGUGCUAUAUUAAUCUGUACUAAAGAAAGAAAGCUAGAAAUCGAAAGGAACCUAGGCUAAGUGAGUGAAUGACUGAAACGUAUUGACUGAAUGAUGCAAAUGAGCGAAUGUAAGUGAUAGCCAAUAUGGAAAUAUCGAAGGUAUAAGUUCUGAAUCGAGAAAGGGAAGAGUGUUAAGCCUAGUGCUGCCCUAUACUGCCACGCCCCAUACUUUUAGGCAGCAGCCAAGGCAUGAAAAUUAAAACAGAGAAAAUCCACACUUAUUAGGUGCUACUCUAAUAUUUUUUUUAAAAACUAUUAUCAAGUCUUCAAAAUAUUUGGCGUUUUCCUAGUGUGAAACCCAAUUUUUUUUUUGUGGACAAUUGUUUGCCAAACUCAAAGUUUGCAGUCGAAUGAGAAGUUACCAACGCCAAAAUGUGUUGAAAAAUGCAAAAGAAAUUAUUGAAAAAAACAUGAAAAAUUAUUGAUUAAUCUAUGUAAUUCUUGAAUGUAAACUCUGUGUAAAUACUAAAAAUGAAAACAAACGAACGAAGUGCGAAGGAGAACAGUUGAAUUGUUAUAUUUAAAUUAAUAUUGCAUUUAUUUCCAAAUUACAGUGGGAGAAGCGCUGACCGACUUCUUGCAGUGUACUCUUGAAAUAAAACCCCUGUCUGUACCACGUAAACCCAUUACUAAAAAUUAGUAUCGCCCGCUGCUCACAGUUAGUUUAGUUCAAUUAUACGCUACUGUUUAAUUUAUUAACUGUACUUAUUAAUGCGUGUCAUGAAAAAUGAUUUAUUGCCCCAUUCUUUUUUUUUUUUGCUAAUUUCUGUAUUAAAUUUAAUGAUUAAAAUUACAAAUAAAAAUGACGGUCGAGUUGUAA